AGACUCCCCGAGAGAGAGAGAGAGAGAGAGAGAGAGAGAGAGAUGGUUUGGUGUGCGGUGAGGAGCUUUCACAUUCCGGCGGUCGACAUGGGCGCAUUGCGCACCCGUGCUCCGUUAGCUGCCGUCGCGGGCUUUUCCUCGGUAGCUGGCUCCACUUUCUUUCGAUCUUUGGCUUCAUCGAAGCCCUCCUCUCGCUUCGCUUGCUCAGCCAUUUCCACCGACGCUCGAAUUAAGGAAGCUGUUCACACAGACAAGGCUCCGGCUGCAUUGGGACCGUAUUCUCAGGCAAUCAAAGUCGACAACUUUGUCCAUGUGUCCGGUUGUCUUGGUCUGAUUCCAGAGACAGGGAAGUUUGUGUCGGAUAAUGUUGUAGAUCAGACAGAGCAGGUUCUGAAAAAUAUGGGGGAAAUACUGAAAGCAAGCGGGGCCAGCUAUUCCUCUGUGGUUGAAACAACUAUUCUGUUGGCGGAUUGGAAUGACUUCAAGAAAAUCAAUGAAAUCUAUGCUAAAUAUUUGCCAUCUCCGGCCCCAGCACGUUCAAUAUUUCAGAUAGCAGCUCUGCCAUUGGAUGCUAAGAUUGAAACUGGGUGCAUUGCGGCAUUGUAACCUCCUAAUAUACAUCUUCUUCACAGCAACUUAGAUAAUAAUGUUAGAGGUGACAUCUUUGUGUUGGGUUUCACAUUUUAAUUUCCUCCCUGGCCUCCUCCUCGUUGAUGUUAUUGUAACAUUGUUUUUGUAUCCGAAAACUAAAGAUCGAGUCCAGCAACGUUAUUGAAAUGGAACUUUCCUUGCCUUUCCUUAUGAAGUUGAGUAAUUAUAUUUGUGUUUAUA